AUGGAUCAACAUCGCGAAUUGAACGAACAGUGUGUGACUGCAUCUGAACCACGACACGUGUGCCUUGCUUGUGGAAAAAGAUACAAAUGGCCGGAUAGCUUGAGGAGGCAUCAAAGAGUGUACUGUAACAAAUUGAACGAACAAUGUGUGACUGCAUCUAGACCACGACACGUGUGCCUUGCUUGUGGAAAAAGAUACAAAUGGUCGGAUAGCUUGAGGAGGCAUCAAAGAGUGUACUGUAGCAAUAAGGAGAAAUAA